AUGCCAACGCCAAUGCCAACGCCAAUGCCAACACCAAUGCCAAUACCAACCAAUUCCAGCACCAACACAAACACCAACGCCAGCACCAACGCCAAUGCCAACACCAAUGCCAACGCCAAUGCAAACACCAAUGCGAAUACCAACCAAUUCCAGCACCAACACAUACACCAACGGCAGCACCAACGCAAGCACCAACUCCAACGCCAACCCACCACCAACAACUUCAACUCCAACGCCAACGCCAUCGCCAUCACCAACACCAACGCCACCACCAACACCAACACCAACUCCAGCACCAACGCAAACACCAACUCGGCCACCACCAACACCAACGCCAACUGCAACUCCAACGCCAACGCCAAUGCUCUCGCCUUUUUCGAGUCAAAAGAAGAAACUCCCUAG